UGCGAGAAGUGUGCGGCAUGGAUCUAAGCAAAGCCGUUUUAGCCGAGUUUCUAGGCACAGGCGUUUUGGUUUUGGUGGGAUGCGGCUCAUGCAUCGGUGGUUGGGGAGAACCUACUAUUGUCCAGAUAGCCUUAGCUUUCGGAAUCACUGUAGCCACUGUAGCUCAGUGCAUAGGAGGGGUGAGUGGGGGUCACAUUAAUCCAGCAGUCACCUGUGCCAUGAUGAUUACAGGACGAUGUUCUUUCCUUCGAUCUGGUCUAUACAUUGCUGCCCAGUGCUGUGGAGCUAUUGCUGGUGCUGCCCUUUUGAAAGCUGUAACGCCCGAACUACAGCGCGGUGCUCUCGGAUCCACACAGGUGAGCGAUGGUCUCACUUCACUUCAGGGCCUGGGAAUCGAAUUUUCCAUUACUUUUAUCUUAGUUCUCACUGUCUUCGCUGCAUGCGAUGAGCAUCGUCUAGAUGUGCAAGGAUCAGUUCCUCUAGCAAUUGGAUUAUCGAUAACAGCUUGUCACUGCUUUGCGAUCCGUUAUACAGGUUCCAGUAUGAAUACCGCUCGCUCUUUUGGUCCAGCUGUAAUGACAGGAAUUUGGGAAAACCACUGGGUCUAUUGGAUCGGACCUAUCUUAGGAGGUAUAACAGCUGGUCUCCUGUAUCAACACGUCUUUGCUUGCGCUCCGCCCGAGCCACAAAGUAUUGAGCGGUUGAAAUUACUCAGGAUGAAAGAAAGAGAAAUUAUCACAGACCGAACAACAUGCAUUUAAGAAAGCAUUUAUCUUUGUUUUUAUCCAUGAAAAAAUUUAUGAGCUAUUUUUCAUAAAAUGAAUAUCAUGACAUCAGAAGAAUCGAACUCAAGUGUCUUUUUUACAUAUUUAUUCUUGUGUAAACAUUAUCAUGUUUUUCUUAACUGAUUUUUCUUUAUUUUCUUGAAGUAUUUAUAAAAUGGAUUAGAAAUGAUAUGUGAAACACAAAGACAAAUAGAAUU